GACUUAAGCUACGAAGACUGGGCCUAUGCUAGUCUUGCUCACCAAUUAAAAAAAAAGAAAUUAUGAGCCAUGAGAUUACUCAACAGCCCGUUAUCGACACAGACGAAAGGAGCCGGCCAAAAGGGCUGCAGCUGUUGGCGAGUCCCAACACGGCACCUGGAGAUCAUUAAGAUAACUGCAGCAUUAGUGAGAGAAGCCCCUAGAGACUGGGCUCGCGGUGUGUGCAGGUGCGGGCUUUCCUGGCUAAACUCUUCACCUGGGCUCCGCAAAGCCUCAGAAUACCUGAAGCAGGUAAGAGAGGUUAGCGGGCCGGGAAGGGAGUCCACCAAGUUUUACACAUCACGCCAUCUGGGACCGCCCUUUUAGAGAAACAAGGCAAUUAUGCAACGACCUCAGCUUUACACCUGUCCUGCUUCAGGCCAGCAGACCCAAUAGACGGUAGAGUGCCGCGAAUCUGAACCGCCCAGCAUAAGUAACCCCAAGCAGCACCGCCGGGGCGGAAUCGGUCCUGCGCUCCCACCCCCCUCUCCCAGGUAAUUACUCCUUCCUUCCGGAAGCUCGGAGGCCCCGCCCACUUCCGCAACGCUCAGUCCGCCGCGCGGCGGGACUCAGCCAAUGGCCUGCUUCCCAAGAAACGUUACCUCUGACCUCAGGGCUAAUCAAGAGACAGUAGGACUAACGCCUCGCGAGAGGUGAGGUUGAAGCUGUCUCCGCCAUCUUGGAGACGGGAGACGGGCGAUGGCUGUGGUCCUUCUGCUAAUGCAAACAACAAAACGGACACAUUAGUCGCUCCCGAGUGAGCCUCUCGUCAUUGUAACUGUUGACCAAAGCUACGGAAGAAGAGAGGGUGUCAAAGUCGAGCGCGACGACAUUGAUAGCAGCCUCAACUGCCUGCUGGGGCGGCAGAAGUGAAGUAACCAGGACCGGAAGGAUGGUGCAGUCCUGUUCCGCCUACGGCUGCAAGAACCGAUAUGACAAGGACAAGCCCGUUUCUUUCCACAAGUUUCCUCUUACUCGACCUAGUCUUUGCAAAAAAUGGGAGGCAGCUGUCAGAAGAAAAAACUUUAAGCCCACCAAGUAUAGCAGCAUUUGUUCAGAACAUUUUACUCCAGACUGCUUCAAGAGGGAGUGCAACAACAAGUUACUCAAAGAGGAUGCUGUUCCCACGAUAUUUCUUUGUACUGAACCACAUGACAAGAAGGAAGAUCUUCUGGAGCCACAGGAACAGCUCCCCCCACCUCCUCUAACACCCCCCAUUUCCCAGGUUGACGCUGCUAUCGGAUUACUCAUGCCUCCUCUGCAGACCCCGGAUAAUCUCUCUGUGUUCUGUGACCACAACUAUACUGUGGAGGACACCAUGCACCAGAGGAAAAGGAUUCACCAGCUAGAGCAACAAGUUGAAAAACUCCGAAAGAAACUCAAGACUGCGCAGCAGCGAUGCAGGAGGCAGGAGCGACAGCUGGAAAAGUUAAAGGAGGUUGUACACUUUCAGAAGGAGAAAGACGACGUCUCAGAGAGGGGUUAUGUGAUUCUACCAAAUGACUAUUUCGAAAUAGUUGAAGUACCAGCGUGAAAAGUGAAAUUUGUUAUUGGGUUUUAAUGGGGCAAUACCACAUACCCUCUUCUAGCCUGUAGAGGAGUUUCAUUUGAAAGAAAUUACACUUGAUUACUUGUAUAAAAACAAUUCAGAAUAUUUUUUUAAAAGAAUAAAUUAGAUAUAUACUGUAAAAUUGUAAAAAUUUUGGUUUGUAAUUUCAGGGUUUUUACAUUUUAACAAACUAUUUUCAGAGUUCUAAACUAACCUCAAACCUUCAAUGUAAGUUAGUUUCAAGAUUGAGGAUUUUUGUUUUUUAAUUUGAGUAUUUAUAGAAAUGAUAUAACAAUAAAAAGUUAAGAAAAUGAAAACAACACAGUAAAGAUGAUUUAAGUUUUAAGUUUAAAAUUGUAAAUUAAUGCAUUUUAUUGAGAAAACAUAGUUAUGUUCUAAAUCAGAAGCAUGUGACAUAAUUUCUCAGAAUACAUAUGUAUAUUCUUAUUCACAGAUUCUUAUUUGUAAAGACAGAUGAUUCAUUUAUCUUUCUUAAUCACUUAUCAAAGAUAAAUUGGAAAGUCAAUACUUAAAAAAAAAGUUGGUUGUCUUCAGAGCAGAAAAGGAGAAAUCAAAAUGGUUAAAUGACUUUAAAGAAUGGAUUCUUUAAUCUCUUUCUCCCUGCUGUCCCGCGUUACAGAAUUAGAAGUGUAUCUCCAGUGAGAGAGAGAUUCUUCUGUAAACGAAGGAGGCAUUAUUAUCAAUGAAGUCAUGAAAGUGGGGGCCCGGUACAUGGUCUGCCUUUUUCUGUCAUUGCUCCAAGCUGAGGGGCAUGCAGGCCCCCAGCUGUAGGCUCAUCUGCAUCCACAUCUGUAACAGAUGAGUUGUGUUCGUCAAGUUUGACUUGUACCCUAAGUUGGAAAUCUUACACUGGACUGAUUUUGGUCAAGGCUUCCCAUUAAAAAAAAGAUUCCUUUUACCACGUUAGAAACUACAUCCCACUUACGUAAAUGAGUGAUUUCUAUUCAAAAGCAUCCUAAUAGGUAAUAAGGCUGAUUUUACAAACAUUGAGACCCAAACACUGAGGUUUCUGCUCAAACUGUGAGUUGUGUUCUGACUUCGAAAUCUUACAUGUAUUUGAAAUGAAAACAGUUAAACAAAUACUGCCAUCAGAAUGACCUACUUAGAUUUAGAAUAACUGCUCCAACUAGAACUGUUUUAUAUUUGAAAGUGCUGCACUGGCCUUUGAAGGCAGUAUUAGAGAUACACAGCAGUGAAGUCCCACUUCUGUAGACUGGUUUUCAGUGUAAUUCACUGCCGUGCUGCCAAUAGAUAGUACUUUGAUUUAUGGAGAUUUGAUGUUUUAUGAACCAGUGUUUUAUAAAAAAAAUUAUCAUUACUUGAAAUUAUAUUAUCUGGUAACACUUAGAAUGUUGUAACUCUAACAAAUCAGAGGACUUUUUCUAGUUUUUCAUGGGUCUCAUCACUGUUUUUUGAAAGCCACAAAAUCUCCAAGUAGUUUGUUUUUACAUUUCAUCUCUAACAAUUCCUGGACGAUAUAUGGGUAAAUAUCUUACAAAGUAUAUAUCUUAAAUCUGAAUUGUUGUGUACGUGAAAGAAAAUCUGUGUGCGUGUGUGUGUGUGUCCUCAGAACCAAGAAUCCAAUGUUGAAUUGUAAAAAGUGAUCAUUGUAAUUGCUUAGUAUCUUAGCAUUAUGAUUUAACCUAAAGCUACUUUUUUUUUUUUUUUCAUGAGACAUAAAUCCCUAUUUGGAGAGAAUGGAGCAAGCAGCAUGUAUCCUAACUGUUUGCAUUUAAAUCAUUUAUUAUGUGUAACAUAGGGAGUUUGAGGUACAGGUGCUUAUUUCUGAAUUUGAAGUGUAACAUUUGUUAAUGUUUUUAGCAUUUAUUUUCUGUGUUGUAUUGUUUAUGACAUUGCCAAGAAAAGGAAAACCGGCUAAAGAUAGGCUAAAACAGGUCCUGUUCAAGUAUAGUGAAACUCAGUCUGAAACAGCAGGGACAAAGUCUCAGCUGGGAAUAGGUGCGGAGAGACUCCUGUGAAUUUCAAAAUGUUAGAUGACACUUUAAGCACAGAUAGUAACAUCUAUGGAAAUUAUUAUUACUCUUGUUCCAACCUGACAAUAAUAGUGAGAGGAAGUAAUUGUUUCUAAAUAGAACUACUAGGAAAAUUGUAGAAUUUUCUAAUUAGAAGGGCCCUAGAAAUCACUGAACACUUGCCUAUCCUCCAAACCCUGCAGAAUCGCCUUGUAAAAUAUCCCUGACAGCUGGACGUCUGUUCACAGUCCACCAUUUACAUUUAAGCCAUUCUGUUUAGAUUCUUUAAAAUGGGUUCCUGGCAUAGAGUAGAAUCUGUCGACGCUUUUUAAAACACUUGUUUAUAGUGCAACUAUAAACUUCACUUUGAACUGCUGCAUAGUUUGAACUUUCAAAUUCCAAAUUAAAGAAGUUUUAAAAUUUUGUAAAACAGUUUAAAUGUUUAUUAAUUGUGUACCUGUUAUGUGUACUACAAAUAAUUCUGUCAUUGCAGUAAAGAAACAGUCAUGUCUAAAAUUAUUGGGCAGAACUUUUUACUUGGAAAUCCAAAUACACGAGAUUUUUUCUUUUAGUGAUAAUUUGUGUCGCCCCUUUCUUAGAAAGAUAACCAUAAUGGUGAGGACAGAUGAAAAUUUCACUUGAUAGGGGGUUGUUAUUAGAUUAAAGUAGUAGUCUCUGAUCAUCUUUAGUUAUUUAAAAAUUAUGCAGACACACACAUACUCAGAACCUAUGACUUUUAUAAAGUCCGUUGUAAGUGAUGCAGUAUAUUUAAAAGUCUAUAUGAUCUAUAAAAGGAAAACUCCAGUUGUGUUCCAGAAUUUUAAAAAAGCUAGGCUGCCAUGAACAGUGCUUAAAGAAAAAACAGAUUUGCCUGUUUGGGUGUUACUCCUCCUGAUAUGGGGGACCAUGUGACUUGGAUGAGCAAUGAGUGAAGAGCAUUGCUUUUGGCUGAUGGUAACCGUGUUUCUGGACAUUAUGUUUUUCUAUAGUCGUGUAUUAAAAUACAAGCCUUGAUGUAAAGGAAAAACGUCAAAGCAAAUGCAAUGAUUUACAAUUAAGCGGUAAAAGCAAUUAUAAUUGUGUCUUUAGCAAAA